AUAGCCAAAGAGGGGUUGCAAACAUUAAAUAACAUCAGUGGUGUGAUAAGUCCUACAAGUACAAUGUUAUGGAUUAGGAAGCAAUUAGGAAUGUAUUUGGGAGAAAUUCUGGGAAAUAUUCACAGAGAAAGAAACUUGGACUGUAUUCAUGAAAUUGAGUGAGAGUUUGUCAGAUGGAUGGGGAGGAGGCAUUCUAGGCAAAGAGAAGAAGGCAUGGGAAAUACCAUGACAAGUCCUUAUGAUGAGGUUUAGGGGAAGGUGAAUGAGAUCUAUCAUCCUGGAAGCAGUGGGGAGCCCCUAGUGUGUUUCAAGCUAAAGCCGAUUUGGGUUUUUGUUUUAGAAGAAUCUCCUUGGUAUCGGCAUGGAGGACAGAUUUAGGGUUGAGGGUUAAGGUGGGUGGUGAAUUCAAAGGCAGAGAUGCCAAUCAACAGGUUACUGUGAUAGCCUAGGAAAGAAAUAAUGAGGCACCGUCUCCUUUUGUCUUUCCUUCAAAACUCAAACCCUCCCUAAUACUUUUCCAUAUAAAUUUCAAAAACCCCAAAUCCUAAAAUUUAGUUCAAGCCUCUAACCCUAGGCAGUUUAAAAGGUUAUAUAACAAAUUCCUGUCUUCCAAACCUUAAGUCAAGUAGCAAGAGAAAAAAAACCAUCAUGAAACUCUAGGCUUGGAGAUUCGACUUGGCCCCCAGUCAAUUGGCUGGUACCCAUUUCUGCUAAUGUUGAUUCCUUCAGCUGGAAAAUUCCAAGACUGUUAUUCGUCUGAGUAUUUCUUUCUAAUUCUCUAUCCAAAGUGCCUGGAAAUAAUAUAAAAUUGGAUGCUGUGUAAUUUGAAUUUACUCUUUUUGUCGGUGUGUAGGCAGCAGUUUCACGACCCAGUGUCCACCAGUAGGAGGCAUUCUCUGGACAUGGUUGGGAAAUACUCAUUCCUAGCAGAUGACGUUGUUUCCUUAUCUGGCGGAAUUCUGUCUGAGAAGGAGGACUGUUGUUUCUAUGAAGAAAGAGCUAGCUCCACCCUCGGCUGCUGCCACAGCUGCUGUGCCCAUAAACAAGGACAUUUUCUCUCUUUGUGGACUUCCAACAUGGAUGCUUUUCAGGGGGUUUUAAAAUUCCUCCUUAACCAGAAAACUGCUAUAGGGUAUAGCUUCAUGGCUCUGCUGACCGUGGGAGGGGAGCGGCUCUUCUCCCUCGUGGCUUUUAAGUGCCCCUGCAGCACUGAGAACACAGUCUAUGGGCUCGUUUUCCUCUUUGGUCCUGCUUGGGUGUUACUAAUCCUGGGAUUCUUUCUGAACAACAGGUCGUGGAGACUGUUCACAGGCUGCUGUGUGAACCCCAGGAAGAUCUUCCCCAGGGGCCACAGCUGCCGCUUCUUCUGUGUCCUCGGCCAGAUCACUCUGAGUUCACUGGUGGCUCCAAUGAUGUGGCUUUCAGUGGCUUUGCUCAACGGGACUUUUUAUGAAUGUGCCAUGAGCGGGACAAAGAGUUCCAGACUCCUGGACCUGAUUUGCAAGGGCAAGCCCAAAGAGUGUUGGGAAGAACUUCACAAAAUAUCUUGUGGCAAGACCAGCAUGACACCCACUGACAAUGAAGAACUGAAACUCUCACUUCAAGCCCAGUCUCAGAUUCUAGGAUGGUGCCUGAUCUGUUCUGCAUCUUUCUUCUCCCUGGUCACCACUUGUUAUGCCCGCUGCCGAUCUCAAGUUAGCCACCUUCAGCUGAGUUUCUGGAAGACAUACGCACAAAAGGAGAAGGAGAAGCUGGAAAAUAUGUUCCUGGACUAUGCCAACAAGCUGAGUGAGAGGAACCUGAAGUGCUUUUUUGAAAACAAGAGGCCAGAGGCCUUCCCCUUGCCCUCCUUUGCGGCCUGGGAGGCUGCUUCAGAGCUGCAUUCUUUCCAUCAAAGCCAGCAACACUACAGCACCCUCCACAGGAUGGUGGAGGGUGGUCUGGAUCUCAGCCCUGAGGAAAACGAGACAACAAUGGUGCUUGCGGAUACCACCCACAAAAUGUAGCUCAUCCUCCAUCACUGACUCAAAGUAUACUCAUCUAAGAUCCUCCUACUGCAUCAACAGUGACCUGUAUAUCUGUAUUUUCAUCCAUUUAGUGUUUCUUUACAAGACAAUGACACAAAGGAAGCAGCUUUGAAGCACCCAAACAGAGUCAGAUGGGCUCAAGCUGAGGCUGAAUGACUGGUGUAAAGGAUGGUGACAAAAGUCCUCUGGCAUUAUUGGUUGGGGUUUUGGCUCAGUGGCCCCUAAGGUCCCUUCAAGUUCUAAGAUUUCAAGUUCUCAGACACCUGCAAGAGGAUCUGCCACCCUCUGCAAAUAUUGGCAUGGCACCUGGGGGCAGAAGCAGUGUCUCAUGAGUGAGGGAGGCACUCUUAACUUAGACUGCCCUACACAGUACACAGCAGGAUCUCAGGUGUGACUAUCAGGGGUCCUUGUCCUGCAUAUCUAUCCUACUGUCUUUUGAAGAAUGUAUGAAAUUCUACCAUUUGAAAUUCAUUCCCUCGGAAUCUGAAGAUCUCAGUUCUCAAAAAUAGCCAAUUGAAAGGAGACGAUGUCUAAAAUUUAGAACUUUUAACUUGUUUUCCCAGUAUUCUGAAAAUAUGCCACUGCAGGCAGGGCCACAUUGUGACCUUCUUUGGCCCUAGGGACUCUUACCUUUGUGGGCCCCUUCUACAUUAAAAAAAUAUACAUUUAUGACCACAUUGAUAUAAAGAUGAAUAUAUUAAUAUUAUAUA